AGCUAACGUUCCAUUCAUCAUGGCCUCCAGCCAAACAAUGGAGCAGAGUUCUUCCAUGGCGUUCUUCAUUCUCUCGUUGUUUUGUUUGUUGGCCUCUGUAGUUCAAGCAAAUUAUUACAAAUCCCCCCCUCCUCCAUAUCUAUAUAAGUCUCCUCCACUGCCAUCUCCUUCUCCACCACCUCCUUAUCAUUACAAAUCCCCUCCCCCUCCCUCUCCUUCUCCCCCUCCACCAUAUCACUAUUCUUCUCCCCCACCACCUUCUCCAUCCCCUCCACCUCCAUAUCACUACAACUCUCCCCCACCACCAUCUCCAUCUCCACCACCUCCCUACCACUAUAAAUCUCCUCCUCCCCCUUCUCCCUCUCCCCCACCUCCAUAUCACUACAAAUCCCCACCACCACCAUCUCCUUCUCCCCCACCUCCAUAUCACUACAAAUCCCCACCACCACCAUCUCCUUCCCCACCACCUCCUUAUCACUAUAAAUCUCCUCCUCCCCCUUCUCCCUCUCCCCCACCUCCAUAUCACUACAAAUCCCCACCACCACCAUCUCCUUCCCCACCACCUCCUUAUUACUAUAAAUCUCCUCCUCAUCUCUCUGCCUCUCCCCCUCCCCCUCCAUAUCACUACAAGUCUCCCCCACCACCAUCUCCUUCUCCUCCACCUCCCUACCACUAUAAAUCUCCUCCUCCCCCCUCUCCAUCUCCUCCACCCCCAUAUCACUACAAGUCUCCCCCACCACCUUCUCCAUCCCCUCCACCUCCAUAUCACUACAAGUCUCCACCACCACCAUCCCCAUCACCUCCUCCACCAUAUCAUUAUCCAUCUCCAGUCUACAAGUACAAAUCUCCACCUCCUCCUGUUUACAAGUACAAAUCUCCUCCACCCCCUGCAAAAUCUCCACCACCUCCCCCUCCAGUCUACAAGUACAAAUCUCCACCUCCUCCCGUUUACAAGUACAAAUCCCCCCCUCCUCCUCCCCCUGUCUACAAAUAUAAAUCACCUCCUCCGCCAGUGUACAAGUACACUUCCCCUCCUCCACCUCAUUAUUAAGGAGCUGAGCCAUCAAUAAGGUUUGUGAUACAAUUGCAGGUACAAAAUGUCGUUUGCUUGCUUCAAACCAAGGUGGGUGGAUGCUGUACUUAAUUAUAUAACUAUAUAUUUCUAGUGAGCUUCUGGUAGUUGUUCAAUUCAACGAUCAAAAGUUCAAAAUGUUGUAUGAGAGCUUCUUCAAUUUCUAUGUUGUUUCCAAGUUGGAUUAUCGGAAAGAUUGAAUUCAACCUGAAAGCCAGAUUAGUAGUGAGAAAGUAAUCAGAGCCAGCGGAGCAACACAUCACCCUCAACUUAUCGGAUUGCUCAGUAAUGUGGUGGUUAUCUGCCUAAUAAGGCUCUGAUAUGUCUGAAAUUUUCAGAAAAUUUAAUAAAAUGUAUUGCAUUGCCUUGAAAGCCA